ACCGUUUUGGUUGUUGGUUGGUUGGUGAUAUUUAAGAAUUUGCAUCAAAAUAAUACGAUUUUCCCGUAAAGUGAUUGAAAGUUCCAAUUAAAUAUGUACUGAUAAGAAUAUUCAUGUAGGCUUAUAUACUGUACCCUAUUUUAGUUAGUUGCUAUUUAAAUUGUUAAAUUAGGAUACCCACCAAGCCAAAGCAAUGGAUCUUGAAGACAAUGCUUUGGGUUUGACCCAUGAACAAACUGAUAAAAUACUUCAGUUUCAAGAUUUAACUGGCAUAGAAGACAUGUCGAUAUGCAGAGAUGUUUUGCAGAGGCACCAAUGGGACUUGGAGGUGGCGAUUCAAGAGCAGUUAAAUAUAAGGGAAGGUCGGCCAUCGGUUUUCGCUACCGAGGCGAGGGCGCCGCCCGUGGUGCAUGACCACAUAGCACAGCAAGUGUUCACUGACGAGCCCUCGGAAGGCCCAGGAGGCGGCGUCCGCGGUCUCUUGCGCUAUAUGGUUAACUUCGUUGUGUCAAUGUGCUAUAGCACAUUAUCUUCCGUUAUAAACUUGUUGCUGAGCUUCAUAAGAAAUGAUGAUAGGCGAUUGGUGACUGACCCACUAGGGGACGUGAUGGGCUUCAUAAACAACUACACGUCGAGGUUCAACCCUCACCCAGUGUUCUACCAGGGCACAUAUGCCCAGGCUCUCAAUGAUGCCAAGAAUGAACUAAGGUUCCUCAUUGUAUACCUCCACUCAGAGUCUGCUACUGAGACACAAAACUUCUGCAGGACAACCCUGGCAGACCCUGAAGUCAUCCAAUACAUUAAUACUCAUGCCCUGUUCUGGGGCUGCUCGGUUGAGACAGCCGAGGGCUGGCGCGUGGCGCAGUCUGUAGGCGGACGCAGGUACCCGCUGCUAUGCGUGGUGUGCGUGCGCGAGCACCGCAUGACGGUGGUGGCGCGCAGCGAGGGCGCGUGCUCGGCGGCCGCGCUGCUGCAGCGCCUGCGCCGCGUCGUCGCCGACAACGAGCCGCACCUCGCCGCCGCGCGCGCCGACAGAGUCGAGCGCGAAGUGACAGCCCGCCUCCGCCAGGCCCAAGACGAGGCCUACGCCGAGUCACUCGCCGCCGACCAGGAGAAGGAGCGGCGCAAGGCCGCCGACAGAGCCGCUCGCCAGCAGCAGGAGAACGAAGACCUGCGCCGCCGGGAACUCGAGGAGAAACACAAGCGAGACUUGAUAGCAGCGCGCUCGGCCAUGGCAGCACGACUCCCGCCCGAGCCGUCAGCGGGCGCAGGCACGGUGGCGCUGCUGAUCCGCUUACCCGGCGGCGAGCGGCUCACGCGCCGGUUCACGCUCACGCACACCACCCAGGACCUAUACGAUUUCGUGUUCAGCCACCCACAAUCUCCCGAGGAGUUUGAGAUCACGACCAACUUCCCUAAACGAGUGCUAGCCCGCGGCGCCUCUCACCUAUCCGAUGUCGGCCUGAAGGACCGCGACGUGCUAUUUGUGAACGACGUGAACGCAUAAUCCGAGGAAUGUCAAUUCAACGUAUCGAAUAUGGACCAAAUAUACAAUUUGGUUUAAAACUCUCCGAACCAUACGUAUCGGUGUAUGUUUAAUCACCAAGGAAACUAAGGUCCGGUAUUAUAGUGAUGGGAUAUAGUGGCAAAAACUUAUGCAGAGUUAGACUGUUUUGCGACUCGAAUUUUUUCCUGGAAAGUUUUAAAUUUUCCCAGUUUUUUAGUGUCUGUACAAUUUGAAACAGGAGUCUGAGUUACUGUGUAAGUUUUUGACAACCUGGCCCUUACAUUCUAUCAACAUUGGAGUCAUUUUUAGCGCUAAAAUUCAAUAAUAUCGCUGUGAGACUUUCUCAACUGUACUUCUACAUUUCUUGUUGAUUAACCCUACGCCAAUACAAUGAGAUAUUAUCAAUUUGGCUGUAAUGAACCAAACGUAAAUGAAGGAUGUCUUGAUUUGUAAAUACAAAUCUGUGAAUAAAUGUUUUAAAACUCAAUGCAGCACCUAGCAGUUGAUAUAUUCAAACUUCAUUCCUAUCCCUAUUGGUAAUCUGAAUGUUUAGGUAAUAGUGCAAUACAUUAUAAGAAAAAUAACCCGUCUUUAUUAUACAUAAUCAUUCACAUUACAUAAAGCAUAUUAUGCGAACUUGGACACACGUAGAAUGUGCUGCCCAUCUUAUAGAAUACAAGAAAUAAUUCUUUAUUUUUAAAAAUAUUAAUCCACACUAUUAUAAUUUCUAAUAAAUACAUGGUUUCCAGAUUUGUAUAGUUAUCGUGCGUAAAACGUCACAUAAAUGGAGGCAGAUAAAUAUGCCAUUGUGUACUUAUAUUGAUUUUAUAAGUAUUGAGUAUAAAAUUAUAUGUUGCCAUGUAAAAUUGAAUUUGUUUUAAAACUUUUAAAAAGUUUUUGAUAAUGAAAUAGAAAACAUUUUGAAUUAUACUUGUCUCAGUAACCUCAUAUGUGUUGCCGAGUGGAUAAGACGGUGAAUUGUAUGUAGCCCUCAAUUAGCAAAUCGUCAUAAAAUAUGACAUCUCAAAUCUACAUAUCAGAAAAUAGGCUACUUGACUUACAUAUUAUUUGGAUUUUUUAAAUGUUUGAAUUUACGUUUCUUGUAUGAAAUGUAUUUUAAAUGCCCUUACGAUGUUGCUCAAAUAAUGACAUGCUUUUGUAACAAUCCUUUGCUAUACAAUGUGUACAGUUAUUAAUAACUAGAAAAUGCUGGGUUUAAUAUAUUUAACCUAAAGGUACUAUACUAAGUUACUUGUCAAUUAGCCUAUUUUACUUGGUAUUGCUGUGCUGAUUCUCAGAUAGUUUACAGAAUAUUAGUUUCUAUUGUGUGCUAAGAUUUGUUUUUAUAACAUAAUACCUAUCUUAUAGUUGUAGUGUUUUCGUUGGAGUGAUUCAAUAUUUUGGCUGGUCCCAAUUAAUGCAUAAUUUUAUAUUUAUUUCAAACUAAUAUUUUAGCGGUCUAUUAUAUUUCUCCAGGCUGCCUUUGCUGUAUUCCUAGAAUACUUGUUUUAUCAAGUAAAACUUUUGAUAUUGAUGUUAUAAUUUAUUUUUACCAACGUGGAUAUAAAUUAAUAGAUAAUAAGUAAUUAAAAAUUGUUUGUUACAUGAUUUUUGUGGAAGACAUAAAGGUUAUUUUAAGUCGUCAUGAAUGGGGGUUAUGUUUUUUUAAUUUAAUAAUCAUUUGAUUUUUAAAUUAUUGAUACUUUGUCAGAGGAUGCUUUAUAGAAUUUAAAAGACAAAUGUUAUUAUGUUAAACUUUUUCAUUCAAUGCUUUUUCCAGUGGACCCACACAUACAUCCAAAUUAUUAUAAUUAGAUGUAAAAUAUACUCUUAAAUGUGAAACAGGUAUAAAUGUAAAUUGUGAAGAUGUAAACGCGCAAUGAGCCAAUUCUUGUAAGUACCGUGUUGUAGUUUGGGUCCACGUUUGCAUAUGUAGUGCUAUGUUAGUUAUCCAUCGGUAUUUAGUAAGUUAGCAUUAUAAAUAAAUCAAGGAAGUUUACAUAAAAAUAACACAUAAACGAUAUAAUAUCUGUUAAUUUUAAAUUUAAAAAUAGUAAUUGUUGUGCAUUUUGAGUUUUUAUCCGGAACACGUUUCAUUGUGAUUACAUAAUUUAGAUAUUAUCUAACGGCAUUGUGAAAAAAACGAGUAUUCUCUGUGAAUUCACGUGAUUCCGAAUUGUGUAGUGAAAUAAUACAUUUGAACAGCAGUCGGCAUAAUUGUAUGAUAAUAAUGUUUGCUUCUGUUUGUACUUACACCAGGUUUGUAUGGCCGUUGAAAUGUAAAUACAAAUUAAAUGUUAGCUAUCAAAUGUUCAGUUGGUUGGGUCGAAGGUGCGAUGCAUUGAGAAAAGGACUGUACAAGCAUUUACUUCAAAAUGUGUAUUAUAUGUUUUGUUGUAUAAUAAUAACGUUCCUUCCUUA